CCCGAGGACAAAAAGCACUGGGCCAGAAAAAGAGAACCUUGGCUCUUCGCUUAGUAAGCGUCCCCGAGCGUAGGGCCGAGAGUAGCCCGGCCCCUCGGAUCCUCCCGCGCGGGGCGGCACCGCCCUGGGCUCCUGCAUUCCCCCCGCCUCCGUGGGUGACUCAGGCGGCGGUGACGGCAUUCGAGAGGGAGGUGAUGACGGGCGCGCGGCCGACCGCCGCGGAGAAGCGCAGAGCUCGGGAGCGCGGCGGCGGAGGAGGGCCGGCCGCAGAUGCGGCGCCGGGGCGGGAGCGGCGGCCCGUGGAGGCGGCAGGCGGCAUGAGCGGAGCGCGGGGCGCGGGCCUGGCGAUGGCUGCGCUGCUGCUGGCCGCGUCCGUGCUGAGCGCCGCACUGCUGGCCCCCGGCGGCUCCCCGGAGCGCGGCGCCGAGGCCGAGCCGCCGCGAGACUUAGACAAAAAAAGGCAUAUAGAGCUGAAGAUGGACCAGGCUUUGCUGCUCAUCCAUAAUGAACUACUUGGGACAAACUUGAUUGUCUACUGGAAUUCUGAACGGUGUUAUCAUUGUUUGCUUCAGGUGCUGGUAAAUGUCUCUGGGAGCGCAGAACCUGGGAAGCCCAGCAUUGCAGCUACUGCUGUGAGCACCCAGCACGGUUCCAUCCUGCAACUUAACGACACCUUGGAAGAGAAAGAAGUUUGUAGGCUGGAAUACAAGUUUGGCGAAUUCGGAAACUAUUCUCUCUUGGUAAAGCACGUCCGUAAUGGAGUCAAUGACGUUGGUUGUGACCUAGUUGUCAAUAAGAAUCCAGUUAACAGUAAUCUUCCUGUGAUUAUCGCCUUCCUUGUUGGUCUGGCAGCCGUCAUUGCAGUGUGCUUUCUAAGGUUCUUGUUGAGUUUGGAUGACUUUAAUAAUUGGAUAUCUAAAGCAAUAAAUUCUCGGGAAACUGAUCGCCUCAUUAAUUCUGAGCUGGGCUCCCCAAGCAGGGCGGACCAGCUCGGCGGCGACGCCCAACCAGAAGCGUGGCGUGCGUCUGCUGUGCGCCUGCGCCUCCACUGCGUGGACACGUUCAGGGGACUAGCUCUUAUCCUCAUGGUCUUCGUUAAUUAUGGAGGAGGAAAAUAUUGGUACUUCAAACACGCGAGUUGGAAUGGACUGACAGUGGCUGACCUGGUAUUCCCAUGGUUUGUCUUUAUUAUGGGAUCUUCAAUUUUUCUAUCAAUGACUUCCAUACUGCAGCGAGGAUGUUCAAAACUCAGAUUGCUGGGGAAAAUUGCAUGGAGGAGUUUCCUGUUAAUCUGUAUAGGGGUUAUCAUUGUGAACCCCAAUUAUUGCCUUGGUCCAUUGUCUUGGGAUAAGGUGCGAAUCCCUGGGGUGCUCCAGCGGCUGGGUGUGACUUACUUUGUGGUUGCCGUGUUAGAGCUCAUCUUCGCAAAACCUGUGCCUGACAGUUGUGCCUCGGAGAGAAGGUGCUCUUCUCUUCAAGACAUUAUAUCCAGCUGGCCCCAGUGGCUCUUCAUUUUGAUGCUGGAAAGCAUUUGGCUGGCCUUGACAUUCUUCUUACCUGUUCCUGGAUGCCCUACUGGUUAUCUCGGCCCUGGUGGAAUUGGAGAUCUGGGGAAGUAUCCGAAUUGUACUGGAGGAGCUGCUGGCUACAUUGACCGCUUGCUUCUGGGAGAUGAUCACCUUUACCAGCACCCUUCCUCCACUGUGCUUUAUCACACCACGGUGGCCUACGAUCCAGAAGGAAUCCUAGGGACCAUCAACUCCAUCGUGAUGGCAUUUUUAGGAGUUCAGGCAGGAAAAAUACUCUUGUAUUACAAGGAUCAGACCAAAGGCAUCCUGAUUAGAUUCACUGCUUGGUGUUGUUUUCUAGGGCUUAUCUCUGUUGCUUUCACGAAAAUUUCUGAAAAUGAAGGCUUUAUUCCAGUAAACAAAAAUCUCUGGUCCAUUUCAUACAUCACUACGCUCAGCUCCUUCGCCUUCUUCAUCCUGCUCCUCCUGUACCCCAUUGUGGAUGUGAAGGGACUGUGGACAGGAGCCCCAUUCUUGUACCCAGGCAUGAAUUCCAUCCUGGUGUACGUUGGCCACGAGGUCUUCCAGAACUACUUCCCCUUUCAGUGGAGGCUGCAGGACAACCAGUCGCACAAGGAGCAUCUCAUUCAGAACAUCGUCGCCACUGCUCUCUGGGUGCUCAUUGCCUACAUUCUCUACAGAAAGAAGGUGUUUUGGAAGAUCUGACGGCUCCAGCUGAAGUGUGCUGCUGGCAGACUCUAAUGGGUUUGGGGGGAGUAUCGAAGCAGCCUUUAUUAAAGGGACUCGUUAAUUAUAAAACCUUGAGGAUGUGUCUUUCCAGAUUGUUGGGGAAGGUGCUGGUGCACUCAGGCUAACGGACUGUGACCGGCUCCUCAGAACUCCGCCUGCGUAGGUGGGACUUAGGAAUUUGAAAUCUAAAUUGUCUUUUUUCUCCAUCUUCUAUGUAAGUGGAUGGAUUUGGAACUUUAUUCUAAGGAUUUCUCAGUUAACUUUUCAAAAGGGAAUUACCAUGGGCAUUUCGCUUCAGUGACAGAAAAAAAAAAAACCAACACAACUAGGAUUUGAUUCUGAUUGAUCUUGUUUUCCUGCAAACUGCCCUUCCAUGUGUACACAUGCCAACCAAGAAUGCCAUCAUUUUUGUUGUGGCUGACUAUGAAGCAUAUUGAAUGUGAUGUGUUGUAAUAUAGUCUAAUAUUUUUUGGUUAAGUGAAGUUUCAUAUUUCAAGAAAGUCAGGGUAAUUUCCUUUUCAGAUCUGCAAGGCAUUUGGUGGGUCCAAAAAAAAAAAAGCCUUUCUAUCAAGCCAUUUUCUCCUUUUCCCCACUUGAAAAAAAAAUGUUGAAAUACAGAUGUGUUAUUUUCAGCCACUCUUGCUUAGUUAUUGGCUUAUGUAUCUAUCUAUUAAUCUAUCAAUCAUCUGUCUAUCUACCUAUCUAUCCAUCCAUCCUGACCACCCACCUACUUCCCUGUCUUUCUCUCCGUGUACCUAGAUGGUACCCAGGGACGUAGCUGUGGAAGAGAGAAAAGCAGAUUGUCUUGCUUGGGCUCCAGCUUUGCCAUCCUUACGUGUAAAAUAUCGGGCAAGUUCUUUGGCCUGUCUGGGCUGCAGUUGCGUCAUCUGUGAAAUGAGGGAGAUAGUGAUGGCCUCUCAGUUCCCUUCCAAGCCUUAGACCCCGUGAGGUGGGAUACGUCAGUAGCUUUUCUGAAAUCCUUAGAAAAAUAAUUUUAUUAUGGAAAACUCUUCAAAAUAAAUGAUAAUGAAACUUUAAGAAACUCUCAUUGGAAUGACCCUCCACAGUGCAGGCCGCUUGCCUGCUUGGAAUCACAAAACUGAAGAAGUAGUUUCUCAGGAGUGAGGAUGGGAAAACACACAAAGGGAAACAGUACUUCUCAUGUGAUGCAUCAUCAUACUUACGAAUUUUCUGUGAGAAUUCCAUAUUUAAGGAAAAUGUGACAAUAGCUUGUACUUUAGAGCAUGCUUCCGUGGUGAGAUGAGGCCAUCUCAACGUCGCUUCGACUGUCACCACUGCACGGAUGACUUCCUUGUGUGUAUUUCCAGCUCAGACCUCUAUCCUGAACUCUCAUCCUAACUGUCACUGCCUGCUGAACCCCUCCACGUGGACAUCUACCCAUAUCCAGGCUCACCUCUUCCCUCUUUUCUUCUUUUGAAUUCAAACCUUUUUCUCUUUGGAUUUUCCUAGCUCUGUGAGUGGAGCAUUCUCAUCUCAAUAUAAAACUGCCAUCUUUCAUUCACCUACCUGCUUUUCCUCGCUUUUUCCACAUUUAGUCAUUGCCAAAUCUCAAUUCUGUCUCCCUCUUCCCCUGAAUCUUCCUCAUUCUCAUGGUCACUACCUUAUUUCUCUAGUCCAGACUCUUAUAAUUCUUUUUAAACUGGCCUCCUUCCCUCAGUCCCUCCUUCCGUAAAGUAACUGGAUUAAGCUUUAUGAAGCAGAGCUCAGAGCAGAUCACCUCUUUAUAAAACCUUACGCUGAAGUUGUAACAGCUUUGCCUGGCAUGCGUAGCCAUCCUCAGUUGAGCGCAACACCCAUUUCCAGCUUUCCUUCCCCACCUUCUGGGCCCCUCUAGAGUCCUCCCACCUCCGUCACUUAGUCAGGACCUCCUGCUUCUGACUUUGAUUAUAGUCUUCCUGGAUUACUUUUUCCUCUUAAUUUUCUCCUAUCUACCUAUGACCUGUCACUUUAGACCCCAUACUUCUAAGGCACCUCUCUUUUAUUCUCGUCCAAAAAUGGUAUUUUCUUCCUCUGCGUUCUCAGAGAAUCUUACGGGAUCACGCUCAUGGCACUCAUCACUUUAUGACUUGUGUGGUAGCUAUUUGUGUACCCGUCUAGUUCUCCAUGCUAGACUGUGAGCUCGUUAAGGGCAAGAAUUAUGCCCUGUUUAUCUGCAUUCACAGACACAUGGCCUCGUACUUAACAGGCACUAACUAAAUAAACAUUUAUUAAAGCAA